AUGGCCAAGUCAAAGAUCAGAGAUUUCGACCCUGAGUCCCUUCUCGAUCCUGCGCCGAGCUCAAGCGAGGACGAGCGCUCAGAUGCUGAAUCCUCCGAAGUCGAAGAGGACCAAAAUGCGGGGCGCGAACACUACGAGACUGUUGGCAAGAGCAAGCUGAGGAAGCCAGAGACGAAGGCACUCGGCAAGCAGUACGCAGGGAAAAGCGUCAGCCGUGACGAUUUGGAGAACAGCGACAGCGACGACCCAUUCGCCAAAGGCUUUGACGAGAUCGACAGUGAGGCCGACAGUGAGGUUGAAAGCGACGACGGUGACGAAGAGGAAGAAUUUUCAGAAGGUCUUAACGCGCUGAUUGACGGAGAAGUUGACUCGGACGAGGACGACAGCGAGGACGUGGACAUGGAGGGCGAAGAGGAAGACGAGAGCGAGGAGGACGGCUCAGACGACGGCUCAGACGAUGACAGCGAAUCUGGCGACGACUCCAAGUCAGGCGCAGCGGCUGUCCGCGACCUCAUGAAGGAUGCUAAGUCCAUGACCUCCACACUUGCCGCCGGCGCAGAGUCGGAUGUCGCAAAGGGCCAGGCUGUCAAGACCCAACGCAAGACCUUCGACACUCUCCUCAACACGCGCAUUCGUCUGCAGAAAGCACUUAUCUCGACAAACUCGAUGGCUACUGAGCAGCACAAGGAGGCGACUGCGCCAGAUGCGUCUGUUUCGGCCGCUGAGGCUGCAGCACUCACGUUGCUGAACAACCUCGCCGACCUCCGCAUCUCGCUCGAGGAGUCGCGGACGGGCGAGAAGCGUAAGCGCACGACGUUCGACGCCAACACGUCUUCUGCCGACAUCUGGUCGUCGAUUCGCAGCACGGACAAGGUAGCACUGCCGCACAGAAAGGCUGUCCUCGAGCGCUGGUCCAACAAGACCAAGGCCACGACCGUUGCCAACAACAAGGCACGCCUCAAUGCAUCUGCACAGCAGACGCUUACUGAGGUCCUCGACUCUCAGCUCACAUCAUCGCACCUGGUCACUCGCACACAGACACCGCGGUCCUGCGCGCCACUGCAGUCCGCCCACAAGGGUGCGCAGCCUGACGCUGCCAUUUACGACGAUGCCGACUUCUACGGACUACUCCUCAAGGAACUGCUCGAGCAGCGCUCCGCCGACGUCAAUGCCAACGGCACAUCUGAGUUCGUUGUUCAGGCGCCAUGGCAGGUAGCGAGGGAGGCCAAGACGAAGAAGGUAGUCGACACCAAAGCGAGCAAGGGCAGAAGGUUACGGUACACCGUGCAGGAGAAGUUACAGAACUUUAUGGCGCCUGAAGACCGGGGAGAGUGGGAGGAGAGGCAGCGAGACGAGCUAUUUGGAAGCUUGUUUGGCAAGCGAUUGCGGCUGGGUGAAGACGACGUGGAGAGCGAGGCUGAAAGUGAAGGCGAUGCCGCAGAAGCAGGCCUCAUGUUGUUCAGAAGCUAG